AUGGAGAUUGCCCGCUUCAACGACGCUGCCAUCACGAUGGACCUCUGUCUCUGCGCAGCAGACAUCAACUACGCAGUUAUUGGAGGCCUCGCCAUGACUCAACUAUGCGAAGAUCGUGAGACGAAAAGAAUCGAUUGCAUUGCAAUCGCCUCGCAAUCGCAAGUCAUCCAUGCAGUCGAUCACAACGUCGGUCUCGUUGUAUUCACCCCCAAAGGUCGAGACGACUACCUUGACCUCGAAUGGACGGAUCUGGACAACGAGAAUGACCCCGUCCCCCUUCGUAUCUUUUGCUCGAUCAAUUCCGGUUCUCGCUCACGCCCACGCUUUCGACCGAAAUACGUCCGGCCCAAGCAGCGUGAAGUCAUUGGUGAAACAUGCGGUUCAGGUACAGUCAACUUCCACACCCCAGUAGAUUUGUUCAAGGCUUCACUUGCAGCCGCGGGGGAUCGAUGCAGUUUCUCUGACUUUUGGGAUCUGAAAUUUCUACUGGAGAGGUACGACGAAGAGAUCGCGCCGCAACUCGGUCAUAUUGCGUUGGUCCAUAUCGGUCGUGCAAUUCGACAACAUCGAAACUUGGAGUAUUUGUUUGAGGAGCUGGGGGUAGAUGUUGCCAAGGCGAAGAUUGCAGCAAAGAACUUUGUUCCGUUUAAGAAUCCUCGUGGGAGUGACGACGAUGACGCUCCAAAGGAUUUAUUCGAUAAGUUGGGGGAUAUCUCGCCUUUUGAUUAG